CUUCUGCGGCGUUUACAGCGGGGGUCCGGCUUGAAACAGAAUUAUUGAAGUGCUGAAACUACUAUCAAACAAACAAUGAACAAAGAAGACGAGAUGAAGGAAGUAGAACUGAACGAGAUGGAUCAGGAAAAACAGCCGAUGACCGGCGAAACUCCGACAGGCACCGAAAAAAACGGCAGCGUAAAGGUCAAAGUGCCGGAGGACGCAGAAGUCAAAUUUACGGGCCUCUCUAAAGAAGAGUUGAUGAAAGUCGCCGGUACAGCUGGUUGGGUUCGGACUCGUUGGGCUUUACUGGUUCUAUUCUGGCUUGGUUGGGUUGGCAUGUUAGCUGGAGCAAUAGUAAUCAUAGUACAAGCUCCACGCUGUAAACCCAUUCCUGAAAUGCACUGGUGGAAUGAAGGUCCUCUGUACCAGAUAUCAAACUUGGAUGCCUUCUCUAAGAAUGGACUGAAAGGAGUGGAGGAGAAGUUGGACUAUCUGAGUCAGAUGAAGGUGAAGGGGCUUGUUUUGGGUCCAGUACAUUCUGUGCAAGCAGACCAGUCAAGCGCACUUGAACUAACUUCCAUUAACCCUGAUUUUGGCUCUGAGAGCGAGCUGACUUCUCUGCUGGACCGAGCACAUAGAAAAGGAAUCUCCAUAGUGCUGGAUCUAACACCCAAUUAUCGUGGAGUUUCAUCCUGGUUUAACAAUGCUGCUUCUGUUGCCGAGAAACUCAAAAAAGCCUGUGUAUACUGGCUAAAUAAGGGGGUGGAUGGCAUCUUCUUAUCCGAUCUGAAUGACAUCGUGAAUACAUAUGCUUGGUCAUCUAUCCAAGCUAUAUUCAACAAAACUGAUGGGACCCCAAAAAAAGCUCUGAUGGGAACAGCAAGCAGUCUCUCUGUGGAUGAAACCUCUCUCCUGCUCAAUCAAUCAGGAGUUGACCUACUUCUGACCAAAUUGCCGUAUCCGGCAGGGCUCAGUGGCAGACAGGCUACUUUAAUGCAGAGACUCUGCUCCGGUCAUCAGGAGGCCAGUCUGGGCUGGGGUCUGGGACAGACUGCGGGCUCUCAGGCAUCCAGAACUCCAGCAUUGCCCGUCAAACUCUAUCAAACCCUUUUGUUUGCCCUGCCGGGAACACCUGUGUUUAGUGCUGGAGACGAGCUCGGACUGAAGGCUGGGGAGGCCAUGUGGGAAGACGUCAAUUCAACAGCAGAGGAGGAGCGAACAGCAGUGCGUAACUUCUUUAAAACACUGAGUGAUUUAAAAGGAAAAGAGCGAUCACUCCUGCAUGGAGAAUAUGUCAACCUUCACAAUUCUCCCACUUCAUUAGCAUUUCUCCGUCUGUGGGACCAGAGCGAACGCUUCAUGGUGGCCGUGAACUGGGGAAAUGACUCUAUUUCUAUGACUCCGACCAAUGACGAUCUGCCAGCUGAAGCUCGGGUUCGUGCCACCACAGAUAUAGAGAAACUAGCAGUGGACAGCAAGGUGAAGUUAGAGAAGUUAGAGCUUGGGUCCAAACAGGCCGUUCUGCUGUCUUAUCCAUUCCCUGGCUAGACACACACAGACACUGUUUAAAAGGAUAGUUCACUCCAAAAUGAAAAUUAUCUCAUUAUUUACUCCGCUCCUACAAACCUGUUUGAGUUACUUGUUAUGGUUGAACACAAAAGAAGAUAUUUUGAAGAAUGUUGUAAACCUUUAGCCAUUAGUAUUUUUGUUUCCUACUAUGUAUGUCAGUGGCAACUAGUUCCUUCAAACUGUUUGAACACAAAUAAGAAACUCAUACAAGUUUGCAACCACUUGUGGGUGAGUAAAUAAUCAGUAAGUUUUAAUUUUGGGGUGUACUAUCCCUUUAAUGUCUCUGAUCAGUUUCAACACUGUGCACGAGUCUGGAAAGAGUGAAACUAGGAGUACAAUGAUUUUUGAGUAGGAGAGAUUUUAUUAAAAGGUUAUUUGUAUUCUCUAGCGUGGUACUAUUAGAAGCUCUAACUUUAAAGUAGUGAAAGAUUUGUCACAGCUGUUGUUGAAUAGAAGCUGAUCUCUGUACAGAGACUCUAAAGCUCCUGGAAUAAUAAUAAAUAAAAUGGCAAAUGAGGAUA